AUGCGGGUAUUUGGUAAAUUCGGACCCUUAGUUGGAGCUAUCGAUGCGGGAAUAUCAAACGUUAAAUUUCUGGUCUUUGCAGCAAACACUUCAGAAGUCCUUACAUACCAUCAAGUAUCCUUAAAACGUUUUAGUCCCCAAGAAGGAUGGGUCGAACAAGACGCCUUAGAAAUACUUUGUGCCGUUCUAGAAUGUAUCGAAGUCACAGUAGACAAUUUGAAAAAACUUGACAUAAAUCCUGAAGAUGUAGUGGGUGUUGGAAUUACGAACCAAAGAGAAACGACAAUAAUCUGGAAUUCAACUACAGGAGAACCCCUUUACAGUGCCAUAAUAUGGUUAGAUGUAAGAACCUCUCAAAUUGUGGAUAACCUCAUAAAAUCCAAAGCACCACACACUAUUAAUGCUGUUGUACAGACAAGUGGGUUGCCUUUGUCUACUUAUUUCUCAUCAGUGAAAUUAAAGUGGCUUUUAAACAAUGUUGGUAGUGUGAAACAAGCUGUUAACAAUGGGGAAUGCAUGGCAGGCACUGUAGACUCCUGGUUGAUAUGGAACUUAACUGGUGGUAGUAGAGGUGGGGUCCAUGCCACAGAUGUAACAAAUGCCUCUCGCACUCAAUUAAUGUCUUUAACUACUUUACAAUGGGACAGGGGACUUCUACGCUUCUUUGAUGUACCAAUUCAAAUAUUACCAAAGAUUAAAAGCUGUUCUGAAAUAUAUGGAUAUAUAUCAACAGGAUCAUUACUUGGGACACCAAUUGCUGGGUGUCUUGGUGAUCAACAAGCUGCAUUGAUUGGACAAAAUUGUCUGAACUUUGGACAAGUUAAAUGUUCAUAUGGAACUGGCUGUUUUCUUUUAUAUAACACUGGGGAGUCAAUAGUACAUUCUGAAAAUGGUCUUCUUACAACAGUGGCUUACAAGCUUGGGCCUAACGCUCCUACAAUUUAUGCUUUAGAAGGCUCAGUUGCAGUAGCAGGCGACACAUUACAGUGGCUGCAAGACGGCUUGGGCAUAUUGAAGAAUGUGUCCGAAGCGGAAUUACAUGUAUCACAAGUGAGUGAUAACGAAGAAGGAAGUGUUUGUUUCGUACCUGCAUUUAAUGGACUAUAUUCUCCAUAUUGGAGAAAAGAUGCCAGAGGUAUAAUCUGCGGCUUAAGUAGUAGCACACGUCCCGCGCAUUUGACUCGUGGUGCUCUAGAAGGAGUUGUACAACAGGCGCGUGCUGUGGUUACCGCUUGUAACAUGCCGGUAACACAUCUGCUAGCUGACGGGACGGCCGCUCAGAAUGAUACGCUUAUGCAGAUGCAGGCUGACGUCGUAGGAGUACCAGUGAUCAGACCGUUGAUGACUGAGAGCACAGCCUUGGGUGCCGCCAUAGUUGCAGGGCGAGCGUUAGGCGUGUGGCCUGCUACUACACCUAGUCCUCCCGUUGAUACUUUUUUGCCAUCAACUUCUUGUGAAGAACGAGAAAUUCGCCGAGUUCGUUUCGAAGCGGCUUUGGAACGAUGUCUUGGGUGGGCUUCUGAUGAUAAUAAUACGGAAAUUAAUCAAGAUGCUGAUGAAGUUGAUUACACUACAGCCGUGUUACCUUCUGGUUUGUUCUUCCUAGGAACUGCACUUCUAGUAAUAAUAGCUGAUAAAUUGAAAAUUAUGUAG